CAGCGCCAAUGCUAUUUUGUCUUCGCUCUCGCUGUGUUCUGCAAUGCUCGUAAUUUCGCGUUCCUCUUGCUAACUUCGGAUUAGUUACAGUAAGUUAAUAAUUUUACGAGGCGAAUGUACUGAAAUUGUCUUGAAAACCACGGCUAAAAGUGCGUGUUGAAGUGGGAAAGUAAACGAAACCCGCUUCCCGUCUUCGCAGAGGAAGCUGUAUCGUUCGCAGUGAGGUUAUGUUGGCGCGUUUUUUGACGGCUGCCUUGUGAGUGUGAGUGGUGUGUUGUGCGGUGCAAAAGAAAGCCGAUUCAAGGUGACGAAAAGUGAGCGAAAAUCUUUGUGUGCAUUUGUGUAGAACUGCGUUCUAGAAGGUCCAGCUGCUCGGCCGUGGUGAAGUGAACCCCGUGGUACCUUUGUUCGAUCGCAGUCGUUUACGCGUUCGUUCGCCAUGUUCGGUGCGAAGCCCGGUGGCUUUGGGCAGCCAACCACCAACACUGGGUUCGGUACGUUCGGGACCAACACGGCGGCUGCAAGCCCGUUCGGCCAGACGACCGCGUUCAGCAAACCGGCAACGGGUGCGUUUGGGGCGACUCCGGCCUUCGGACAGCAGCCCACGACGUCGCUCUUUGGCCAGACGCAGCAGACUGGCGGGCUGUUCGGGGCAAGCACCAGCACGGCACCAGCGUUUGGUGCGGCAACGACGCAACCAGGGUUUGGCGCCUUUGGCCAGGCACAGCCCCAAACGACGUCACUGUUCGGGACGCAAAACAAUACCGCCGCCAAUACGUCCCUGUUUGGCAACAACAACAACACCACGUUCGGUGCGGCCAAACCGGCCGGAUUCGGUGGGUUUGGCCAACCCGCUACCCAAACGACAUCCCUGUUCGGGCAGUCCACGACGAACAACACGGCCACGACGGGCUUCUUCGGGCAGAACACACAAACUGCCGGAGGAUUGUUCGGCGCGGCAAAGCCGGCUUUCGGUGCGGCUACCGUACCGGGCGUCGUCGGUGGCAAUGGCACGGCGGUGGCCAAGUAUCAGCAAACCCACGGCACCGAUACGCUGGUUAAGAAUGGGCAGACGACCACCGUCAACACGAAGCAGCACUGUAUUACGUUCAUGAAGGAUUACGAAAACAAAUCCGUCGAGGAGCUUCGAUUCGAAGACUAUGCCGCCAACCGGAAGGGCCCACAGGCGGGCGCACCGGGCGCCGGGGGUCUGUUCGGAGCCGGCACACAAUCGACCGGGCUGUUCGGUGGCACGGGCGCUACGCAGACGACCGGGCUGUUCGGACAGAAUCAAGCCCAGCCAGCCGCGGGCGGGUUGUUCGGUACGUCGACCAACACGUUCGGCGCAACGACAACACCCGCCUUCGGCACCACUGCGGGCAGCACGUUCGGAAAGCCGUUCGGCAGCACACCGGCGGCCACUUCCGCGUCCGGCUUUGGCUUUGCGCAAUCGACCACGUCCACACUGGGCGGAGGGUUGGGCGCGAACAAACCGGCGUUCGGUGCGACCGGUACGACCGGCGGACUGUUCGGACAAACGGCCGCCCCAGCGACCAACACCUUCGGCCAGACGCCGUUCGGUGGGUUCGGCACGCAGAACACGGCCGCCCAGCAGGGUGGACUGUUUUCGGGUGCGGGCGCUGGCACGGCUGCUCCGGCUGCCGGUGCGUUCGGGACGCUGGGCGCUCAGUCUACCCCGUCCAGCUUCAACUUCGGCACGAACACGCAAACCAGCGCGGCCGGAUCGACGUUGUUCGGAGCGAAGCCGGCCAACACGUUCGGGACGCUCGGGGGCACCACGUUCGGGCAGAGUGCGACCUCUAGCGCGGCCACAUUUGGGCUCGGUACGAAUACGAACGCCGCGGCAGGAAACUCAUUUUUUGGCAACACCUUCAACAAGCCAGCGGCGACAACAUUCGGGCUGGGAACGAACACUGCAGCCGGUGGUGGGAUCGGUGGAACGACCGGAGGGCUUACGUUCGGCACGGGCACAUCGUCCCUGUUCGGUAACACGGCUGCGAAGCCGGGCGGUCUCGGCACCGGGACCAGCCUGUUCGGCAACACGUCCACCCUCGGUACGGGCGGUGCCUUCGGUACGAUGAACAUGGGGACGUCGUUCGGUGCCGGCACGGGUACCGGCGGACUCGGUAUGUCGACGCUCGGUGGACUCGGCUCGAUGGCGCAAGGUGCGGCAGGACAGCAAGCCGUCCCGAUUCAUCAGCAAAUUCUGGCGAUGGCUACCUCACCGUACGGCGAUAAUCCCAUCUUCAAGGGUAUCAAACCGUUGGCCGGACCAUCGGAGGACUCGCUGAAGCCCACGAACCCUUCGGCCCAGAAGGCGAUCCUGGAGGGAUCCAACUACCAGCUAAAGAUAUCGUCCCGUUCCGGCAGCACGGACCGUGUUAAGGUGAAGCCGCUCGGUGCGGCACAGCUGAAGAAAUCGAUCUUUGAGGGAUUGGAAGAGUACGACAGCACGCUGGAGGAUAGCUUCACACUGAAGCCAAAUGCGAAGCGCUUGAUCAUAAAGCCGCGCACUAGCAAAUCCAUGAUCAUCAUUCCGGAGUCGGGUGGCGGUGGCGGGCGAGAAGGAGGACAGUACAAUCUGUCCGGCGCAUCGAACACAUCGAUCGGUGGCGAUGCUGCCCCGACCCCGACGCGUCUGUCCGGCGCUGGAGAAUCAUUCCGCAACCAAAUUCCAACACACCCGAGCGACAGUGUAGCGGCGGGCAAAAAUCAGCCGCAAGGAUCGACCGACAGCAGCAGGCGAGUGUCGUGGCUGCAGUCGAACGUUCUGGACAAGGUGCGCCAGCAGCAGCAGCAACAGCAACAGGGCGGCAAUCCGCGUCUCUCAGAGUCGGUGCUGGAUAACACUAUCAAAGAGUUUGCAGUUUCGUCUUCAACUAUGCGAGCUGAAAGGGCUAGCUCGAUGACGUCGGGUGCGAUUCGCGAAGAAUCGGGCGAAGCGGAUGAUGGCGGUCCGAGAAAGGGUGCCGGAAAGGACAGUGCCUCCAGCACAUCGCCCGUCCUGGGCAAUCAGACGGUAAAUGAUAGCUUCUCGCUUACGAAUCGUUCCUUCUUGAACGAAACGAGCGUUGGGGGUGGAAUCGGGACCGAACUGUCUACAUCCGUCGCUGCUGUGGUGGAGGAUGCCGAACCGCACCCCACAGGGAUAGUGCUGCGUCGUGUGGGCUACUACACCAUUCCUUCGCUGGAUGAAAUCGCGCAACUGAUGGAUGACGAGGGUCGAUGCGUCGUUCCGAAUUUCACCAUCGGCCGCAAGGGUUACGGUAAUGUGUACUUCAACGAACCGAUCGACGUGGCCGGACUGAACCUGGACGAGAUUGUGCACUUCCGCCACAAGGAAGUCAUCAUCUAUCCGGACGAUGAAAGCAAACCGCCGGUGGGCAGCGGCCUGAACCGCAAGGCUCAAAUUACGCUGGACCAGGUCUGGCCGCACGAUAAAACGCUGCACGAACCGAUCAAAGAUCCGCAGCGGCUGGCUCUGCUGGACUACGAGGGUAAGCUGCGGCGUGUGUGUGACAAGCACGAUACGCGCUUCCUCGAGUACCGGCCCGAUACGGGCAGCUGGGUGUUUAAGGUGGAACACUUUUCCAAGUACGGGUUGAGUGAUAGCGACGACGAGGAGACGCCUCCCGUCGAUCCCAAGAAGGUGAAAAUCAUGCCGAUGGCCGGUCAGCAGCGAAAGGAUCUGCUUCAGAACAAAACACAACCACCUACCGGUGCCGUGCAGAAGCAAGGUGGUGAGCAAAACGGACAGGAGACAGAAGAUGAUCGACGGCAGCAGCAGCAGCAGCAGAUCAAGGAUAGAUCGGUCAAUAACAAUACGUUCCGGCACGUGGCUGCAUUCGAGAAUGGUGCGGAGGAGGAGGAAUUCAAUCCGUCGACGUAUGGCGAUGAAAAUAUGAACUUUUCCUCCCAAUACCAUCGGGACAAUCCGACCAGCCCGACGGCUGCUAUCGCAAUGGAGAUGGGCACCGAUCCGCACAAAAUUCAGCUCAUGAAGGCGUCCUUCUUCGCAGACGACGACUUCGAUGGGCGAUCGGUUGCGUCCGAGUUUGGCCACAGCGAGGACCGGGACAGUCCGGAUCAGAUCGUCCCAGGUACGGCAACGCGCCCGACGGUGACCGGAGGCCCCACCAGCGGUUUGCUGCUCCAGAGCCUGUACAGCAACAGCAAUACCGUGCAGCGUAAGUCAAACGUGCCGCUGACGGGGCAAUUGCUGAAGCUCGAUGCGACACCCUCGGCGGGUGGUUUCGGUCCGGGCAGCUUGCUGAAAACAUCUACCGCCAAAAGCAUCCAUGCCGGUUCGUCCCUGAGUUUGGUCUCGUCCAAACAAACGGCAGUGUCGAAGCAGCAGAAACAGGUGACUGCCGAUGGCGGUGUGCUGCAGCCGACUCUUCCUCCCAUUGCACGCCCGCUCGGUCCGCAGGCGAAGCCGCUCGCACUGAAACCAAAGGUUGAACAGCUGCACCCGAUCAACAUUGUGAUUCCGCUGGCCAAGUCGAUGCUGCGUCGCUUCCUGAACAACAAGUCCAACUUGGCCUUUUUCCACGGGCGCAAGUUUAAGGUCGGCUGGUCGUACGGCACGGCGAUGGUGCAGCUAAAUACGCGCGACAACUGUGCGGAUCUGGUGCGUCACUUUGAGUCGCUCGUCAGCUCGACCCCCUCGCGGCUCACCCUGAUCGGGAUCGAUGCGGUGAAACCGUUCUUCCGGGGUCGGGGGGAUAAUGAUUUUUCCCCCGCGGCGAUACAACUGCUGCGCCUCAAAUCGACGGCCGAGCCGGUGACGUUGGACGACGAGUCGUUUGCCCGCACGAUCGAGGGCCAUCUGCGGGUGCGGCUGCGGCACGACGAGCGUCGCCAUCGAGAUGCGAUGGAGAGCGACUGUCCGCAUCUGGUAGCCGCCGGAAAGUAUCAGGCGCUGGAGGAUCAUCUGCAGGAGGCACGCGCGCUGGUCGAAGUUUCGACCGAUGAGUACGGUGAGCUGUGUGCGGAGGUUUGGGCACUGCUAGCCGCCCUGUGGGGAGCCCGGGAAGAGCUGGAGGGCGUCGAUGAAGCCAGCCAUCUGAGCACCAUGUUCCGGCGUGACCUCUUCUCCGAAUGGAUCGAGGACGUGGUCACCAUACGCUCGCAGCAGAGCAGCAAAAAGGGCGAAAAGCGCGACUAUCUCGACCAGCUGCUCGAGCUGAUCCAAACGCACAAGGUGCUGGAGGCGUGCGAGCUCGCUUUCACCAACAACGACAUCAAUCUGGCGAUGCUGCUGGCCCAGAUCUCCGGUGGGCCGGUAGUGCGGCAGCUGCUCCAGCACCAGCUCACCUGCUGGCAGGACUCGGAGGCGGAUAAGUUUAUCGAUCCGCGGCGGCUGGAAGCGUUCAUGGCGAUUGCCGGCAUACGCAUGAUGAGCUCUUCGCACGGUCCCAUCAACAUGUUCGAGCACGUCGACUGGCUGAAGGCACUGGCGCUGCACCUGUGGUACGUGUGCCCACCGACCGCGUCCAUUACGGACGCACUGGUGGGCUACGAGGAGGCGUUCGGGUCGACCGAGUUCUUUACCCAUCCGCCGCUGCCACCGUACCGUGCGCGGUACGCACAGAAGGGACCGAACAAUGGUCCCAUCCACGAUCUGCGCUUCCACCUGCUGAAGCUGUACUCGAAGCGUAGCUACCCGCUGGAACCGCUGCUAAAUCCGGCCUCCCACACCGCGGACGUGACCGACUAUCGGCUGAGCUGGCUUCUGCUGCAGGUGCUGGAGACGCUUGGCUAUCAUCACUGUUCGGAGUUCAGCCGCAGCCAGAUACACGUCGCCUUCGCGAGCCAGCUCGAAAGCCACGGGCUGUGGCAGUGGGCAGUGUAUGUGCUGCUGCAUCUGAGCGACAAGGCACGGCGGGAGCUGUCCAUUCAGCAGCUACUGUACCGACACAUCCAGCUCGUAUCGGACAGUGCGAUCGACGACGAUACGCUGGAAGCGGAGCGGCAGGAGUACCUCUCCCGGGAAAGCUUCAUCGUGGAAGAGCUAGGCGUUCCGGAAAAGUGGAUUUUCUGGGCGAAAGCGGUCCGCGCCGGUGCCGAGUUCGAUUACAAGCAGCAGGCACACUAUCUGCUGCUAGCCAAGCAAUGGGCGUUGGCGCACGAUAUCAUACUGCAGCACUUGGCGCCGGAGUUUGUGAUGCACAGCAAAGUGCCACAGCUGAAAGCAAUGCUGGAUAGUAUCGAGGACACCAAACAGAUACCGAGCUGGUCAACGAAGGGUCAAAUUUUGGUCGAUUUCAUUGAGCUGAAUGCGCAGUUCGAGGUGAUGCAAGAAGCCAUGGACGAGGCAGUGGUUGAACAGCGGCUGGAAGGGCUGAAGCCGAAGCUGUCGGAGCUCUGCUCCGUGCUCAGGAUGUUCCCCUGCCCAACGCCAAAGCACCGUCUUUUGCAGAGCGAAAUAGCGCAACGGCUUGCCUACCUCAUCCGCACGCACUACGCCGACGAUCCGCAGAUCAGUGGCAGUGCGCUGAUGCGUGGCGCGCUCGAACGAUUACCCUUGCCGGAGGAGCACGUGCUGGAGGAGCUGGACCACAUGCUGCGCGCAUUCAUGGCGGAGGAAUUAAAGCAGAAAUGAGCGGAUAGGAAUUAAAGCAGGGGUGAGAAUAGCAUAACACCUUAGCUGCGUGCCCGUAACGAAUUGUACAUUAUGUUGUGGUCAUUGUGUUUGUGGUGAAUUAGGUUCGCCGUAAUGCGCCCCGCAAUAGGCUAGGCGGGGCUCUAAUGCACGCCUAAAAGGAAGUAAAUAGAGAUACGAGGAUACGGCACGAGAUCAGUGGAGCAGUGCAGCAGCUACCGUGUACAAGCGUACGAUUUCCUUUCUUGUUGUACUACUAAGUGACUCUAUUCGAUAUAAAAUAACAUUACAUAAAUAAAACAAUUAUGCGAAGAGCAGAAACAAACGCUGGCCCUGGCUUA